AUGACCGAUUUUUCCAAAUUUAUUCGGGAGGUGCCCGAUUUUCCGCAGCCGGGAAUCCUCUUCAAAGAUAUUACCCCGCUGCUCCAAAAUCCACAUGCCUUCCGCGAUGCAGUGGAUGCGAUGGCAGCCCACUACGAACCGAAAAAUGUUGAUGUGGUAGUGGGAAUUGAUGCCCGUGGCUUUAUUUUCGGCAGCGCGCUUGCCUAUCGCUUGGGCAUUGGCUUUGUUCCCGUCCGCAAGAGCGGAAAACUCCCCUACCGUACGCAUGAAGCUAGUUAUGAACUGGAGUAUGGAGUUGAUACCCUUGCGAUUCAUCAGGACGCCCUGUUCUUCGGGAAGUCGUGCCCUUAUCUGCGACGAUGUGAUUGCAACGGGGGGGACAAUCGCUGCUUCGAUUGA